UUGGACAUAUCAAGUGGGGGUGAAUAUGGCCAAAAAUCUAGCUCAUUGGCACUGAUAGACUCGGAGAUAUCCAACACAGAACACGCCGUACUCACCGUCUCGUCACCGCAGGCACAGCCCAAGGGUGCCGGCGCUCUCAUACUGGACAAUGUGAGGCUCACGAACGUAGCGCACGCCGUAUCCAAACCCAACGGUCAGGUCGUACUCGAAGGGGGCACCAAAACAAUUCAGUCGUGGGGUCAGGGUCGUUUCUACAAUCGCCAAGGUCAGGGCCAAUACCACCAGGGCCAGCUGACACCGGCACCUGUCAAACCCGCAGCCCUACUCGACUCUAAUGGCAAGUUUGUUGAGCGCAUGAAACCCAUGUAUACGGACGUAGCGAUGGAGGACUUUGUGUCGGUCAAGUCGGAGGGCGCCAAAGGGGACGGCCGUACCGACGACACGGCGGCCAUAGCACGGGCUAUGUCAAAAUGGGCCGGGUGCAAGGUCAUUUAUUUCCCGGCCGGCGACUACGUGGUGACCGACACUAUCGAAGUGCCCGUCGGGUCCCGCGUGUUGGGCGAACUCUGGCCAACAAUAUUGGCAAAGGGCGCCAAAUUCCAGGACAUGAAUAAUCCCCGACCGGUGCUCAAAGUGGGUAACCCGGGCGACACGGGUGUGGCCGAGGUGUCGGACUUAAUCCUGUCGACUCAGGGUCGAGUGCCCGGCGCUAUACUAUUGCAGGUCAACGUCCGGGAGCCGGAAGGCCAGAAGGCGGCCGUCGGCUUCUGGGACGUGCACUUCCGGGUGGGCGGCGCCAAAGGCACUGACCUUCAGUCGGGUAACUGCAAUAGGGAUCAGGGCUUCAAAGAGGAGUGCGAAGGUGCUUUCUUGAUGUUGCACGUGGCCCCCACCGGGUCGGCCUAUUUGGAGAAUAUGUGGGCAUGGUUGGGUGACCAUGACCUGGAUGGUUGGUCCCAGAUUAGCGUCUACAACGGUAGAGGUAUUUACAUCGAGAGCAAAGAAGGCCCGGUGUGGGGCUACGGGACGGCCAGCGAGCAUAACGUACUCUAUCAGUACAAUAUAGCCAAUGCCAAGAAUGUGAUGUUGGGACUCAUCCAGACCGAGACGCCCUACUAUCAGGCAAACCCACCGGCGCCCAAACCGUUCACCACGUUGGCCAAGUGGAAUGACCCCGAUUAUAGCCACUGCCCCCAGGGCUCGGUCACCUGUCCCAUGGCCUGGGGUUUAAGGAUUGUCAACUCGGAGAGUGUGUUUGUUUACGGGGCCGGACUGUAUAACUUUUUCCAGAACUACGGUCAGGGAUGUAUAGCUCAAGAGCACUGUCAGGACAAUAUGGUGUCGGUUGAGAACUCGACUAAAAAUAUCUAUUUGUUUAACAUUAAUACCAAAGCGUCGGAUAAUAUGGUGUCCGUCGACGGCCAGAGUCGGGUCCGUCAGGCGGACAAUAGGGGAGACUUUUGCUCAACAAUUGCCGGAUUUUUGGAUCAAUAG